GAAGUUGAAUUUAUCUUGUUUCUUUUCCAUACUAAGGGACAGAAAGAAAAAUCUUCCUUUGUCAACUGUGAACGGUGGGUGUUGCAAUCUGAAAUUCUGCAUCUAGGAAAUUUUGGUUCCGUGGAUGGCGCUUUUCACAUCCCCAAACCCCAUCACACUGCACAGAUUCCGUCCAUGUUUACCAAUUACUCGCUUCGCUGCAAAUCCUCAACACAGUCGCAUCAACACCCGCAAAUUUCAGACUUUAGCUUGCCAAACAAAUCCUAACCCCAAUCAAAAGGAUGUCCCUCCAAGGGAACAAGAAAAACCAGUAGUUGAACCUACCACAGUCAAUACUCAGACCACUAAGACGACCACAAGUUCACUUCCUCAAUUGCCAAACAAAGAUGUCAACAACAAAAUCGCACUUGUUUCUACUUUAGCGGCUUUGGGACUUUUCCUGUUUGCCAGGUUGGAUUUAGGUGUUUCUCUCAAAGAUCUCUCUACCACUGCAGUGCCUUACGAAGAGGCUCUCUCCAAUGGGAAACCCACUGUGGUCGAGUUUUAUGCAGAUUGGUGUGAGGUAUGUCGGGAAUUAGCUCCAGACGUAUACAAAGUUGAGCAGCAAUACAAGGAUCAAGUUAAUUUUGUAAUGUUGAAUGUUGAUAACACAAAGUGGGAGCAAGAGCUUGACGAGUUUGGCGUGGAGGGUAUUCCACAUUUUUCAUUCCUUGAUAAGGAAGGGAAUGAGGAGGGUAAUGUUGUGGGUAGGCUUCCCAGACAGUACCUGCUUGAAAAUGUGGAUGCCCUUGCUCGUGGACAAGCAUCCGUUCCUCACGCUCGUGUUGUAGGCCAAUAUUCAAGUGCUGAAACAAGGAAUGUGCAUCAAGUUGUUGAUCCAAGAAGUCAUGGUUAGAUGACCAGUUUCAUCUGUCAGUGAGCAAACAACUUGUUACUCUUGUUUACAUUUAUUUUUUCUUAUCCACAUCACAAUCUUAUUAUGAACAUUGUGCAAGUCUGUCAUAGAUUAGGAUCUAAAAAUCUAGAUAUCAGUCACACACAUGUUAGCUCAAAUGUGUCUAUAUUCUUAGUCUUGUUAUAAUUAAAAUUCACUUGAAUGUUUACA